AGGCAACACAAAAGAACUUCAAGACGUUGAAGGCGAUUGAUGUAGAAGACCUGACAGCAUUAGUCCUGCAAUUUGCCCCACACAGGAAUUUAAAAUGAUUGAAAAAUGUCCGAUGCAAUCCCGUGGCCAGUUGGAGCGGUCCAGAUGUGCGCAUGUGGUAUUCACACUCAGAAGGUAACAUUCUACCACGCUACCACAGGACUGCGUCUUCGGCAGGCCCUCUUUCGCCACUGCAUCUCUCAGAUGGCUGUACAGCCGCAAGUUCACGCGGACCAGGUACAACAGCUGGCAAGUGCUUCUAUAUCCUUCUGGUGCUCGUUACACAGUUUUGAUGGAAUCCCGCAUGAAAGACGCAUUUACAAAAAGCAGAGAGAGCGUGUCAACUGCACUUUGAGCAAAAGCAGGCGAGCGUACUGGCAACCAGCCAUUAGGCUGGUUAUAUCAGGAACACUUUCCAUCUGUAACAGAGCCGCUCGAAACAAACACGUGGGAGUCUAUAAAGGGCUGCAUCGUGUUCUCUCACUCUCUGUUCAUCCCAUGCUGCCGACUUGGGUUAAAGCAACAAAGCGGCUCGCGAAACUGUAUGGCCGACAAAGCGAACGCCUAAAGCACAGCAGCCGUAGUCGGCAGGGUUUGAACCUGCGCGGGGAGACACCAAUGGAUUUCAAGUGCAUCGCCUUAACCACUCGGCCACGACUACAACAGGUUCAGUGCCCUCUGGGCUUAACUCGUGCAGCAAAGAGGGACGAGCCGGCAGGUAACGGGCGAUGUAACGGAGACGUCAAAAAGGGACAGGCAGGAUCAAAUCAACGACACAAAAACAGCACGUGGUGUCCUGCCAUGACCCGGAUUCGAACAGGGGUAGCUGCGGCCACAACGCAGAGUACUAACCACUAUACGAUAGACUUCUUGACUACAUCUGCAUUGAGGGGAUUGGCAGGUUUUGCUGAGGUCUCAAGGAAUUUCUGGUGCAUGCGCUGAAGCAAAACUGGAUUAAACCCUGCUCAAAGCCCAUAUGUCGACUCUAACUCACAAGCAAACGUUUUCUUUUCCCA